AUGGAGAUAGUUAUUAAAGAAAAAACAGACCAAAAAUUAAUAGUACUCGCGAAACGACUCUUCGUGGAUUUUUGUGCAGCAACUUCGGCUGCGUUUUUGGUUUCGCCGUUUAUUGCAAUUAUUGACAGAUCAGUAAUAGAAAAUGCAAGUGGUCGUAACCCGCUCGUCACAUCAAUAAAAGCCGGAUUCUUAUCACUCUUAAAGAAACCACACGAAUUUAUUCGCUCACGCCAAUUUUUAUUAGUUUAUACGGUCUACAGUAGCACUUACAUAACGGUGAACAAUGUCGAUACGUUAUGUCACCAUCAUAGCUUAAACAAUCAAAUUCCGAAAUUCUUUGGUGCCUCUUUUGCCAACAUGGCUACGUGUAUUUAUAAAGACAGACAAUUCACACGAAUGUUUGGUGCCAUCGCGCCAAGAUCAUUGCCUAUAGCGACAUACGGAUUCUUCGCCGCACGUGACUCAUUAACAAUGGCCGCAAGUUUUAAUAUGCCUGAUAUAAUGGGAUCAAGGUUAUACGAAAAUGGUUGGGUUUCAGACCGAGAGCGAGCGAUGAAUUUUGCUCAAAUUGCGUCGCCGGCUUUAGCACAGCUUGUUAGUACACCGCUCCAUUUGUUUGGAUUGGACUUGUAUAAUAGACGAGAUGUCACGAUGGGUGGGAGGACCAAGCUUGUUAUGCAACAGUAUUCAAAGUCCACUUUUGCUAGGAUCGUGAGAAUUGCUCCGGCCUUUGGAAUUGGAGGUGUUGCGAAUCGAGUGUUUAGAAGACGGAUUGGUCAAUUUAUGAAUGUAGAACGAUAA